UCACGUCACUAUUUUAUCUGGGCGCGAGCAGUUUUAGCGCUAACAGAGGCGGCUUGGAAGCUGUGUGGUGAGGUUGAUGUUCAAAAUCAUCUUGGCUAUUUACCGCAGCGAGAACGCUCAGCAGUGCAAAGGGAACAUUUGACUUUAUCAAAUAUGGUGCACAUCGUCCGUUUUCUUCCUCGAAAGGUAGCGAAAAACCAAACGAACCGGGGAAUUCAUCUCCUCGCCUGCGGAUAAUAUGCAAAAACAUCACAAUCAAAAUACAUAUCUAUAGCCUUGGUGUAUUUUUGGACUCCUUUUUCAUUGGCUACAAGUCUGACCUUCUGUCAGGACCAUUUUGAGGCUUAUCAUUACUGGACUCAUCAUUACCUGCCUACGUUUUGAUACAUCGUGAAUUGUCUUUUUCACAAUUUACUUAAAAGCUGGAUCCAGAGUGCCCAAAAACUCAUCGAAGUGCCUUCAGUUUUUGAAGUUUAUUUAAAUUUCUUGGAGUACAGCAGUAGUACGCUUCUUUGACCAUAAAGAAGAAACAUGAUUCCGAAUGGAUACUUAGUUUUUGAAGAUGAGAAUUUCAUUGAGUCGUCUGUGGCCAAACUCAAUGCUCUGCGAAAAAGUGGACAGUUCUGUGAUGUUAAACUGCAGGUGUGUGGACAUGAGAUGCUGGCUCAUAGAGCUGUUCUUGCUUGCUGUAGUCCUUACCUGUUUGAAAUUUUCAACAAUGAUAGUGAUCCCCAUGGGUUUUCUCAUGUGAAGUUUGAUGACCUGAACCCAGCUGCAGUUGAAAUUUUAAUGAAUUACGCCUACACUGCACAACUUAAAGCAGAUAAAGAACUGGUAAAAGAUGUGUAUUCAGCUGCCAAAAAACUGAAGAUGGAUCGAGUGAGGCAGGUUUGUGGUGAUUAUAUACUGUCCAGGAUGGAUGUCCAGAAUUGCAUUUCUUAUCGAAACUUUGCCAGCCAAAUGGGAGACACUCGGCUUCUGGGCCAGAUUGACAGUUGCAUUCAGGAAAACUUGUUGGAGAUUUCAGAGCAAGAUGAAUUUUUAAAACUUCCACGACUAAAGUUGGAGGUGAUAUUGGAGGAAAAUGUCUCCUUGCCAAGCAAUGGUAAAGUUUACACAAAGGUAAUCAACUGGGUGCAACGUAGUGUCUGGGAGAAUGGAAAAAACCUGGAAGAACUGAUGGAAGAGGUUCAAACCUUGUACUACACUGCUGAUCACAAAAUGCUUGAUGGGAGCGUACUAGAUGGACAGGCUGAAGUGUUUGGCAUUGAUGAUGACCACAUUCAGUUUGUACAGAAGACAUCUCCGCGGGAGAACAGCCACCGACAGAUACAUAGCAUGUCUUCUGGAAUUCUGAGUACUCAAGUGCAAACAAACAAAGAUGAGUGGAAAAUCAUUGCAUCGGAGAAAACAACAUGCACUACAUAUCUUUGUUUGGCUGUCUUAAACGGUGUGCUGUGUGUCAUUUUCAUUCAUGGCCGCAAUAGUCCCCACAGUUCACCCGUCAGCACUCCAUGCCUAAUCAAGAGUAUGAGUUUUGAGGUUGAAGUUGAAGAUGGCAAGCUCUUGCCCCCCAUGCAGUAUGCCCGCUCUGGUCUAGGAACUGCAGAGCUGAAUGGCAAACUCGUCGUUGCUGGUGGCUACAAUCGCGAGGAGUGUUUAAGAACAGUAGAAUGCUUUGAUCCUGCCACAGAUGGAUGGAUUUUCAUUGCUCCAAUGAGGACUCCGCGUGCAAGAUUUCAGAUGGCUGUGUUGAUGGGUCAACUAUAUGUAACUGGUGGGUCCAAUGGCCACUCGGAUGAGCUUUGCUGUGGUGAGACAUAUAAUCCAAAUACCAAUGAAUGGACCUCUGUGCCAGAGCUCCGAACCAAUCGUUGUAAUGCAGGUGUCUGUUCUUUAAAUGGAAAGUUGUAUAUUGUUGGUGGCUCGGAUCCAUAUGGACAGAAGGGAUUGAAAAACUGUGAUGCCUUUGACCCAGUAUCAAAAACCUGGACAAAUUGUGCUUCUCUAAUUACACGUAGACAUCAAGCUGCUGUAUGCGGACUGGAUGGAUACCUAUAUGUAGCUGGAGGUGCAGAGUCCUGGAACUGUCUGAACACUGUAGAACGCUAUAAUCCUGAAAACAACACAUGGACUCUUGUUUCACCCAUGAAUAUGGCUCGCCGUGGAGCAGGAGUAGCUGUGUAUGAUGGAAAAAUCUUUGCUGUGGGAGGAUUUGAUGGAACCCAUGCACUCAGCUGCGUUGAGAUGUUUGAUCCAGCCAAAAAUGAGUGGAAAAUGAUGGGAAGCAUGACAUCAGCAAGGAGUAAUGCUGGAGUUGCUGCUGUGAACGGGCUCCUGUAUGCUGUGGGAGGCUUUGAUGGCAAUGCAUUUCUGAACAAUGUGGAAGUAUACAACCCAGAAACCAAUGAAUGGAGCCCAUACACCAAAACAAAUCUGUCCAGUUUAUAAAGUUUAGCCUUUUCUUUGCAGCUUAACAAGUUUAGUGAAGUAAUCUGUGUACUUGUUUUGGGGUGGGUGUGGUUGGGUG